GAAAAGGACGUCAAUAAACGCAUGAAUCCAGGACCUUCAUGUAAAAUAAUAAAUAAAGUACAAGAAAAGGAUUUUGAUACUAAUCUCGAGGAACAAAUAAAUAAGACACAAAAAAAAUCUCUCAUCAGUACAAGUGAAGCACAAAAUGUAUCAUUUACUGAAAUUUCAUUGAACAAUGAAGAUGGAUGUUCGAUACACUUUCCUGUUAUAUCUGAUUGUACAGAUGCGAAUAUGUGCAUAACUGCGAAACCACUUGGAACAAAUGCAAAAAAGAUUAUUCGCGAUAGCAAUAAAAAAAAUGCAGUAAAACCUGUAAACAUUACAAGUAACAUGCAAAAAAAUAUAACUCAGUAUUCUAAGGAUGAUACAAUUAAGGAAAAUAUUCGUUAUAUUGAUGAACCUGGAAUGAUAUUGCAUUCAAACGACAAGUCUUACGUCAAUUAAAUAUUAUUAAUUUAAAACAAUCGCAAAUAU